AUGGGUGGCACCAUCGACUGGGCAGUCGAUCUUGCGAAGUACCAGGGCCCGCCCUCGUACGAUGUAGAAGGCAUCGACCUGAAUCUCAGCUGGUUACAGGUUAAAGCCAAUACCAAUUCAAGAGGGACAGCCACCUGCGACGAGACAUCGCGAACCGGUGACUGGAUCAACAAGUCCUGCAGGGAAGACGAGGUUGUCGACUUUGACGAAUUCACCCCCAAAGACCGAUGGAAGGCGCUCGAAUGCCAAGCCGCCUGGGACGACGUGAUCCAGUACUGGUACACCUGUGCCAGGACUGGAUCUAGUCUCGACUUUCCUCAAGUCGUGGCAAAGUUCCUUCGCUUGCAACCCAACACCACACUGAACAACUACUACGCGUCCGUGAAAGAAGCGGGGACCGAAGUCGAACGGUCGAAAGAAACAUUCAUUGGAACAUUCGCUCCGAAGGCCGACGACGAUGGCAAGGUGCUCACUCUCCUUCUAUCCAUUCUCCAGAUCCCCAUCAGCAUCGCUGGUGCGUGGUUCUUCGCAAGAACCUUCUUUGAGAUGCCCGUCUUCGCUAAAAAUCUGGAUGGGAACGAAAAAGACGCGCUCGAAGACAGUGUUAUGGGACUCAUUGGCGUGGGUUUCAAUGUCGUCAAGGAGGCCCUAAAGUCCGCUGCUGAUAAUAGAGAAGAGAUUGCCUUCGAAGACAUCUACGAAAGCAUUGUCGGCAAGUGGCAGGAUCAAGUCGACAAAUUUCCGUACAAGAUAUUCGACGGGAGUACCGAAAGCAUCAACGCCCUCACCGCCAUGUUCAAGGACGGGAAGAUGAUUACGGGCCUAAACGAUGGAAAUCCCGAUGAUGACUCCAAUGAUGGUCACACCGACAACUGGAACAGAGGGAUGUCUCCUGAGAGAGCCUUCUACGCCUCAGCCAUCCCGGCCGCCUGGACGGCCAAUAACCAGGCACCGGUGAUUGCCGACUUUGGCCAGACUUGCGAGAUCGACGCAAGAGGUCACUUCCCCACUAAGCCCGAGAACUACAACAAGGGCUGGAGAUGCACCAACGGGCACUCUUACAUUCUCGCUACGGCUUGA